AUGCACCUUCGCUUUUUCCUCGUCCCCAGUAUCUGGCUGGUGGGCUCUUUGGCCUCACCGGUCCCGGAUACUGGAGACUCCUCGCAGAAGCAACUGUCCAACGCACUCAAUUCUCGUCCCUCUUUUCCCUCUGCGACCGGACAUGAUGUCCAUCUGCCGUGUCUACGAUGUUCUCCAGAGGACGACAACAGCCCAUUUGACAACGGAAACUCAACACCCUUUGUGGCAAUGAACCUCCGAACCGAAAACAAUGCCCUUCUGGUCAACAACGUCAGCGUCUUCCCCGCCGGGUACCCUAUGAAACUUCCAGCCCAGAUGCACCCCGACGGCAACAUUGACAGCGACACCGUGGAGACCGUCCUCCUGACCUACGGGGUGGACAUCGAAUAUCUCCCUCCGAGGGUCGACUCCGAGGUGGGCGACAUGUAUUUCGUGGAGGUCAAAUUCUUCGAUUCCACCGGUCACCCCGCCACCGCAAGCGUGAUCCACGUCCGCCUGUCCCGCGACGCCGACGAAGACGACCUCUCCAUCUCGCAGAUCAUCAUCGAGCCACUCCUCGACUACCAUGCCUCCCAUGGCCACGGCAAUAAGAUGUGGCACGCCCAGUACUGGAAGAUGCUGGUGGGCAAGUACAAGUCCUGGCGCAAGGAGCAGAAGAAGGCCCUGCAUAAGACCUCCAAUGCGAAGCCGGAGGCCCACGUAUCGUGCGGCAACAGACCCUGCAUCCGUCCCUACAACUCGGUCGUCUCGACUGAUGGGGAGGGACGCCACCACCACAACGACGUGGGCAAGUCCCCGUUUGCCGUGGCUGGCCCGUCGAUGAAUGCCUACGUGCACCACCACCGGUCCAACCCCAACUUCUGGCGUCUCAUCAUUCCGGCGAUGGUGCCUGCGUUGUUGGGGAUGGUCGCGGGGUUGGUGGUUUGUACUACCGGGGUGGUUAUCUGGAAGAUCAUCUCGUGUGCGCUGGCUCGGUGCGCCGACAAGCGGGCGAAGAGAUGUGCACGUGGCGCGGGAUGUUGUAGGGGCUCGAGAGAAGCGGUGUCAGAGAAGCAGCAGCUUAUGGCUCGGGAGAUUGGGGCCAAUUGCGGCGUGUAG